AUGUCGUCGAGCACCCAGGGCCACAGUGCCCUCAGCCGGCCAAAGUCGCGAGACUCCCACGCCACCAUCGGCCAGUUCUCGUUCGCACCGGCAACGACCACUACCGUUAUAACGACCACGUACACGACGACGACCACUCUCGCUCCCAUGUGCAUCAACGCCCCGGGCCUGUCUGAGCGGGACCCCAAGGAGUACCCGCUCGCACAAGUCAGAGCGCCGGAGUCGAUACGGAAGAUCUACUUCGACGCUGGUGGGGAGAUCGGUCUUUUCGAAGAAGCGAUUGAUGCUCCUCAGACAGCACACGAGCACACAAGUCUCCAGGAGAACCUGCGAGCUUCGAACGGCAAGAUACGCAAGAUCGAUACCUUCAAGGGUCCCGCGACAUUUACAUCUCCUAGCCGCCCGAAGCGUCUCGUCACGAAACAACGCCCCACGCUUCGAUCAGUGUCCGGCCGCCGGAAACGCGAUCCAACAGACGACUCGCCUCCACCGCCAUCGAUACGGGAAGCCGCCGAAAUGGCAAGCCUACAACGUCGCAGCAAGAAGCCGCGGAUCUCUACACAAGACGAAGAUACCGCACACAUGGGCAUCACGCCCGACGAUCUGGACGACAUGGUCCCGGCUACUCCAGAAACAGAGCUGGACGCGUCGCAGACUGUGAAGAUGCUGUCCACAAACGAGACAUUGAGACAGUUGCGAGAAACAACCGCGGGACCUUCACACACAGACGCCGCAUCGUGCGAUAGCCAACAACUCUCGCAAUCGUCAUCCUUUCCCACCGGCGUGAUCGACGGGCCAGGUGCAGCGGCGACGCCUCCAAUUGCUGAAUCUGACAUGGAGCCACAUUUCCCCGUGGCUCGACCAGCACCUAUGCAUCUGGACAUUGCAGCUGCGCAAGACGCCAGCCUACCUAGUCCGAGUUUGUCGCCCACCACGUAUGCUGCGAACGCCCAGCAGAGCCUCGCCGGAACGUCAUCGCUCGGCCAGGUCGCUGAUUACGAAUCGAACGAUGUCUCGUCGCUGGAUCUUUCGCAGAUCGAACGGCCAAAAGGCAUCGAAGACAUGACCCCCAACCCCCAGCUGCUGACACCCACAGUUUCGGGUAUUCCGGAAAUGCUUAAUGCUUUCGACGCACUCCCAGAAGGAAUGAAGGACUACGUCAUGUACCAAAUGCUACGUCGAUGCAAGAAGUCUACGCUACACUUUGUCGCUGAUGUCGUCAACCCAGCUUUGAAGCGGGAUUUCAUCACUUCAUUGCCUACGGAACUCGGUCUCGAAAUCAUUGGAUACCUUGACGUACAAAGUAUGUGUAAUGCGGCACGGGUUUCCAAGCACUGGCGGAAGCUCAUCGACACACACGAGACAGCUUGGAAAGACCUUCUCGAGAAAGAUGGAUUUACUCUACCAACAGGCGAGCUGGAUCGUGCUGUCCGGGAAGGAUGGGGAUGGCAGUUCACAGACGGCAUUGAAAGCUACGAACGUGAUUUGUCACGUUUGGCUACUGUUUCUCGAUCAGAUAACGAGCACGCCACAGGCUCAGCAUCGAGCUUUCUCGCGGACCAUGACGGCGCAAUAACUCGAUCAUCAUCCAUGCGACAGAAAAGGAAAGCUGUUAGCAAACAUGGCGGUUCAAAGAAGCAGCGCAAGAAGGGCUUGAUGUCUACUAAGGCGCCAUUUAUGCCUUACCCGCUUCCCUUUGAGCAACGCGAUGGACCUAACGCAUACGCACAACGGGCCCAGGCCGCUAUCCCGGAUCCUCACCUCGGGUUGUCCAGCCUCCGUAAUAUGCAUCUCUUCAAGUCUCUUUACCAGCGACACCAUCUGAUUCGAAAGAGCUGGAUGGCCGAAGACACCAAGCCGAGACACAUCGCGUUCCGUGCACAUCAGCGUCACGUUGUUACCUGCCUUCAGUUCGAUACCGAUAAGAUUCUGACCGGUAGCGACGAUACUAACAUCAACGUAUACGAUACCCAGACCGGAGCUCUACGAAGUCGUCUCGAAGGUCACGAGGGUGGUGUUUGGGCGCUACAAUAUGAGGGAAACACUCUGGUGUCAGGAUCUACAGACCGCUCCGUACGAGUUUGGGAUAUCGAGAAGGGAAGAUGCACACAGGUCUUCCAGGGCCACACAUCGACAGUUCGGUGCCUCGUCAUCUUGAAGCCAACCAAGAUCGGUGAAACUCUCGAGGGGAAACCCAUCAUGAUGCCGAAAGAGGAGCUGAUCAUUACCGGAUCUCGUGAUAGUACACUUCGUGUUUGGAAGCUCCCGAAGCCAGGCGAUCGAAGCAUCAUACAGACUGGUUCUUCGGCUGCCAAUGAUCUCGACAACCCCUACUUUGUCCGUGCGUUGACUGGCCACCACCACUCUGUUCGUGCGAUAGCAGCUCAUGGUGACACCCUUGUCAGUGGCAGCUACGAUUGCACUGUUCGCGUGUGGAAAGUUUCCACUGGCGAAACCAUCCAGCGCCUGCAAGGCCAUACACAGAAGGUCUACAGUGUUGUCUUGGAUCACGCUCGCAAUCGCUGCAUCAGUGGCUCCAUGGACAACUUGGUCAAGGUCUGGUCCCUUGAGACUGGUCAAUGCAUCUUCACUUUGGAGGGCCAUACUUCACUUGUGGGUCUUUUGGAUCUCAGUCACGAGCGCCUUGUGUCUGCUGCGGCAGAUAGCACCCUGCGCAUUUGGGAUCCUGAGAACGGGCAGUGUAAAAGCAGGCUAUGUGCGCACACCGGGGCCAUCACCUGCUUUCAACAUGAUGGGCAAAAGGUCAUUUCGGGUUCAGACCGCACACUCAAAAUGUGGAAUGUCAAGACUGGGGAAUUCGUCCAGGAUCUGUUGACGGACCUCAGUGGUGUUUGGCAAGUAAAGUUUAAUGAACGUCGAUGCGUUGCAGCCGUGCAGCGGAACAGCCUGACGUAUAUCGAGGUCUUAGACUUCGGUGCCACACGUGACGGCAUUCCGCUCAACGAGCGCGGCCGUCGUAUCGUGGUCAAUAACAGGGGCCACGAAAUCGAAGACACCCCAGAUGCCGACAUGAUCGACGCUACUGAUCAACCCUAG